UACGCCUCAGAUCUAGGCCAAUAAACCACCUCUCCCUCUCUCAUGCCCUUCCUCUUCCGAACCCUUAACCAAAACUUAUCUGCUUACAAGACCAGCAGACCACUUCCAUGAACUAUCUAUGAACUCACGUGAAAAUCAGUACAGAGAAAGAUAGAUGGAUGGCUUGAUUCGGCUUUAUAUUUGGUGGUCGAUGCUUCAAAUCUCUUCCCUCUCCCUUUUUUGGUGAAACCUGUAGCUGUUCGAAGUACCCAGCAAACGGAAAAGAAUAAACCCCAAAGCUCUAACCCUGUAAAGGAAUUGGAACAGAAACCCCGUAGUCCUUUCUCUCUCUCUCUUUUGAUCCAUCGAAAUUAAGCUGGUUCUUGCACGUGUUAGCUAGUUGUUGAUGAUCAGAUUUGAACUUUGAAGGGAAGAACAGAAAUGGAUCCGAUAACAGCUCAUGGCCGCCAUCUUCCUUCUUUCCUCGCUAGGGAUCUUCAUUUAAACCCGCACCAUCAGUUCCAUCACCACCACCAACAGCAACAGAAUUCCGAAGACGAACAAAACCGUGGCCAGAAGCGAGAUCGAGAAGAAACAGCCGCCACCACGACCGCCGCUGAAACAAACGACACGGGUGGAGGCAAGGAGUUGGCCGUAUCCGAAGCCGAAAACACAAGAAGACCACGAGGCAGACCCGCCAGUUCCAAGAACAAGCCUAAGCCGCCGAUAAUCAUAAACCGGGAUAGCGUCAAUGCUCUCCGGUCACACGUUAUGGAAAUCGCCACAGGCUGUGAUAUUAUGGAGAGCGUUUCUACUUUCGCCAGGCGGAAACAAAGAGGGGUUUGCAUUUUGAGCGGGAGCGGAACCGUAACGAAUGUAACCUUGAGGCAACCUGGAGCUCCCGGUGCAGUGGUGAAUUUACAUGGGAGGUUCGAAAUUUUAUCACUUUCUGGGUCGUUUUUACCUCCUCCGGCACCAGCGGCUGCAUCAGGAUUGGCCAUAUAUUUAGCCGGUGGUCAAGGUCAAGUAGUCGGAGGGACCGCGGUGGGUCAACUUGUUGCUUCGGGUCCAGUGGUGAUUAUGGCAGCUUCUUUUGGUAAUGCUGCGUAUGAAAGACUUCCAUUGGAGGAAGAAGAACAGCCAGUGGAGCCUCCAAUUCCUGGUAGUGGAACCUUAGGGUCACCGAGAAGCAUGGCUUCUCAACAACAGCAGCCACAACUGUUGCAAGAUCCCAAUGGAUCUUUUGCUCAAGGAUUGCCACCAAAUCUUCUAAAUUCGGUCCAAAUGCCAGAGGAGGCCUACUGGGGCACAGGUCACCCCCCUUAUUAACAAAAAACACAGAAAAUUUCGUGUUUCUUUUCUUCUUCUUUCUCCUCUUUUUUUAUCACUCUUGUAUUCCUCUUUAUAAAAUAAUAGAUGUUUAAGUGAAGUAUUAAUGUUGAUCACCAUGGCUUUAAUUUGAAGUACUUUGAAGAAGAAUGUACAGAUUUCCUGGAAUAUAUCUUCCCUGGUGUGGAUUUUCUUCCCAGUUGUAGCAGCGUGGCAGUCAUUUCUUUCACUCUUUUCUUGUCUCAGAAAUUUGUUUUAAAAAUCUUGAGUUGGAAGAAAGGCAAAGGAGAUGGGAGGUUAUGGGCUUAGCGUUUUGGUGUCUUUUGUGUAACUUCCUUUUUUCCAUAAUGGAAUCAGCUUGUCCGGUUACACGUGAGCUGCUGCGUAUGAUAAAGAAGGAAACUCCUUCUCGAGGCAACCAUUUCCUUGUAUAAUUCCCAUGUAAAAAAGCCAAGCCGACAACAUGAGUAAAGAAGCAUGCAGGACAAAUUGAGUCUGCUCCUCAUGCGUUCAAGUUCCAUCCUUCUCGAAAAAAACUGUCACUGCCCACUAUACUUGUAAAGUGGCAUGGACUGAAUCAAUUACAGGAGGUAAGUUCAU